AGUGCUCCGCCUAAUAAAGGCUCCUGCUGAUUUUUCUUUGGCUGUCGCUUGUUCAUCGUUCAUGGUUUGUACGCUCAGAUAUCAAUGGAGAACAGGCGCGCCGAAACUCUCGAGGCGCUGUCAGCGUACAUUGAAUCACAAAAGGCGCUCCUUGCUCGCACCCAGGUCGAUAUUGGGAGACUGAGGAAGCUAAGGAACGAUGCAUUGGGCCGUCCGAAGAGUUUUAUGGGCAAUAUCAUAUCUGAGUUAAGCGAAAGUGACUGUAAACUAUCGGAGCAGACCGAUUGCGGGCGUGCUUUACCAGAGAAGAUUGACUGGGAGCUAUUUGCUGCGCGUGACUCAGCCUCGCUUAAGGCAUUGACAUUCACUACUCGUCAGACACACCUGCAACGCAAUACACCUCAUACGACCCAGCGCUCUCCCCUUUCCAGCCUACAAAAGCUUGUCAAGGAAGCUCGAAAAGCAAUCGUCGAUCCCAUACUAUUCCCUCCCGCUGCCAAUGCUAACACUUCAUCCGUAGAACACAUCUCCCCUUCGCUAGUCUCUCUUUCGCUUCCAUCUGAUGGCGAGGAAGAGCAUGAACGAGAACCCAAAGUACAAGAAUCAGUGACAACGGCACGUAGGCGAGAACGUGAACGCGCAAAAAUUCGAGAACUGAAGAAGAGGAAGUUUGGCUGUGGACUGACUAUCAGCACUGGGCCGACCGAGGAUGGGGUGUUUGUGAGGAGAGACGUAGGCGAUGAGAGCGGGGAAGUUGAUAUUUGGGCUGAAGAAAAAGAGGAUGAAUUUAGAAUUGGAGCAGAAGUCGAACCCCUAAGCGCCAUCGCUGAGGCCAUCGAUAAGCCGAUGGAUGUAGAGGAGUCGGUCGCGCCACCUGCGCCCCCCAUAAAUCCUCCACAAGAUAGCAAAAUACCCCUCAGAGUCCAGACCCAAGAUCUUAUCACGGCGUUCCCUACCGAUGUAGCUCUGAGCACAGCAUCUUCCCAUAAUACUAGAGGUUCGAGGAAAAAGUCUAUGACGAAAUCAGAACUAGAGCCAGAGAUUUCAGUUCCACCUCCUAAGCAAUCGCUGGGCAAGAGAUCACGCGAUGCAGCAGAAAAAGGUGAUACGUACGAAAAGGAGACCGGAAAGCCCAAACCCGAGACUUACAAGUUGGCAUGGUCCGUAUCUGAACAACAUCUUUUAGAACGAUUACUAGAGGAGAUUCCGGACGGAGAAAAGAAUCGUUGGCAAAAGAUAUCAAUAGCUAUGAAAGGUCGAAGGACACCUAGGCAGGUGGCAAGUCGUGUGCAAAAAUAUUUUGAGAAGCUGAAGCGCUUCGGCAUUGGUGUCGAUGUCACACACGAAGGGAAGACUUGAACGACCAAUGGUUUCAACGAGUAAUAUAUUGAUAGUAUUUUCGUGCUAAUUAUUGUAUUUUUGCAUGCAAAUGUUACUAUACUAUGCUCCAGUGGACAACAGGGAGCUCGUAUGGUUGCCUGGCCCAAGGGUUCUUGCAAAGACCAGGGCUCGGCUAACCCGUCGGUGUAACAAUCACGUAGGAUGCCACACAGAUGAUUAGU